AUGGAGGGCCGGAGGAGGAAGAUUUACAAGAGGGCAUGGACAGAGAGGAAGAGGGGACGUGGCCGAGGCCAGCAAGAAAGUCAGCGUGGAGGUUCUCGAGGAGGUGGAUCGGGUUUCACGAGGAAGGGCCUUGAUGAUAAAUAUGACUGGGAAGACCACCCCCUGGAUGGAUUGCCUCUUGAUGAUGAAGAUUAUUAUGAUAGAGGAUACACAGCCCCAAAGCGCCGUCACAAUGGGCCACAGGUCAAGGUCACAAUGCAGCAUCUGCAGAUGAGCACAGAGAACCAGGAAAUGGUACGAGACAUGUUGCGAGACCUGCAUGGUGAAGAACUGGACAUGCCUGAAAAGGAUGAGUAUGAUGAGCUGGAUACCAGAGAUGAUCAUCAGUACUGGGUCACGCAGCAGCCCCUGCAGAUCCAAGAUGGCUGCAGCUUCGCUUUCUAUGGUCAGUUCCAAGAUGGUGGAGAUACAUCAAAGAAAACGAAGGCUCCUAAGACUAUAAAUCAGUUUGGACUUCAGAAACUUGCAAGAUAUGGGUUUGAUAAGGAACGGUGUACUGAGGCAUUGAAAGCAUGUGAUGAGGAUAUAGGAGCCUCUCUGGAGCAUUUACUGUGUGAGUGUUUCAAUCUGCUGAAAGUGGACGCUACCCAGGACAGUGAGCAGACGUCAGAGGAGUGGCAGGAGAUACUGGACGCUCGCAAUGAGGAGAUGACAGCCUUACAGUCUAUCUACGAGGAUAAGUUUGAAGAAAGGAUAUCAAACAAUAUAUGGAUUCUUUAUCUUGAUCUUGAAUCCCUGAAUCAGAUCCUUAAACCUGCACCCUCGAAACCGAAGCAAUCGGUCACACAACGAUACGACAAAAAUAUAUGUAAAUAUUUUCAAAAAGGAUCAUGUAAAUUUGGAAGUAAAUGUAGGCACAAGCAUUCUGUGUUAAACCCAGAUGAAGACACUGUUGAUGAACAGCAUACCAAAAUAAACAGUUCAUAUCAGCUAGAGGUGCGGUUUCCCCCUGGGAACAAAUACCCCAAUGAACCCCCAUUUUUAGCCUUCUCCUCCUCCCACCCUUUCCUCUCGGCUCACAGCUGUCUACAUAUAACACGGUUCUUGAUAGAAGAAGCCAAAAGUCUUUCCGAGCACCAUGAACCUGUGAUAUUUACCUUGUUGAGUCUGUUGGAAGAUGAUGGAGUGUUGCAAAGUCUGGUGGAACAACCCCCACUGGAGUUCAGUGUGCCAAAGGCGAUCAUAUCCCGGAAUCGGUAUCGCCAUCUUGCAGAGGGCAACACUGACACGUCUGCUGAUGCAGAUGAUGAUGAUGAAGAUGAUGAGCAGAUGGAGCAGAUGAUUGAGAUGAUGGAGAAGGAAGGACAGAAGAACAUUGUAGUGGAGGAAGUCAUUCCAACACAGAAAUAUGGAAGGAAGGAUGUCGUCCCAAGGAGGGUAAACAAAACAGAACUAUUCAAGAAGAACAGACUGAUGAAGGAUGACUUUGAAAGGAAACAGUCAUCAGGUAGUUACAAGAGUAUGAUUGCUCAGCGUGGCAAACUACCAGCUUGGGACAGACAAGAUGAGAUUGUGGACACCAUUGAGAGCAACCAAGUUGUCGUCAUCAGUGGAAUGACAGGCUGUGGAAAGACAACCCAAGUGCCACAGUUUAUUCUGGACAAAUACCUCAGGUCAAAGAACUCGAAGAUGUGCAACAUCAUCUGUACACAGCCACGACGUAUUUCUGCUGCGAUAUAUCUGUGGCUGAAGAGAGGGUGACAACCCAAGUGGACGAAUACCUCAGGCCGUACACAGCCCACGUGUGAAAAGUUAGGGUGUGUUGGCUACCAGAUCAGACUGGAGAGCAAGCAGUCUGCCUGGACACGUCUGCUGUUCUGCACUACAGGAAUAAUUCUUCGACAACUGGAAGGUGACCCUAACCUUGAGGGCGUUACACAUCUGGUUAUUGAUGAAGUACAUGAACGAUCAGAAGACAGUGACUUUCUAAUAAUGAUAUUGCGUAACCUCUUGCGAGUCCGACCUGACCUCAAAGUUAUACUGAUGAGUGCGACCUUGAAUGCUGAUCUGUUUUCUCACUACUUCAAGGAGUGCCCAGUCCUGGAGAUUCCUGGGAGAACCUUCCCAGUUGACCAGUUCUUCUUGGAAGAUGCCAUUGAAUAUACUCGGUUCGUUAUGGAAGAGAAUUCUGCCUUUGCCCGUCCAAUCAAGCGAAGCAAUGCCAUGCGUGCCCAGCCAGGUAGAGGUCAAGGUCGUAUAUCGGUAGAUGACAUUCAUGAUGAACUGGAGGAGAUCGGAAACACUGUGAUGGUGGAGCCAGCCAAGGACAACAUCAGAGAUGAUAACCUCUCAGUCAAGCAACUCUUCUACAGAUACAGUGAAUACCGCAAGUCCACUAUCAAAGCUAUGGCUAUUAUGGACAUGGAGAAGAUCAACUAUGACCUCAUUGUAGCUAUACUGGAGUGGAUUGUGGAUGGGAAACAUGAGUAUCGCAAAGAUGGAGCUGUUUUAAUCUUCUUGCCUGGUUUUGCUGAGAUACAGACUUUGUAUGACAUGCUGAUGACAAGCAAAGAGUUUGGGAGCAGGAAUAGGGGCAGAUACAAGAUAGUGCCUCUUCAUUCAUCUUUAUCCAGUGAGGAUCAGCAUGCUGUGUUUUCUCGACCCCGAGAAGGUGUCACUAAAAUUGUGAUAUCCACCAACAUAGCGGAGACAUCCAUCACUAUCGAUGAUGUUGUGUAUGUCAUUGAUGCAGGGAGGAUGAAGGAGAAGAGGUAUGACUCCUGCAAGGGGAUGGAGAGUUUGGAGAUGGUGUAGGUGUCUCGUGCCAACGCCCUACAGAGGAAAGGUCGAGCAGGUCGUGUGGCAUCGGGUGUCUGCUUCCAUCUCUUCACACAACACAGAUUUGAACAUCACCUCCGCCCUCAACCCAUACCUGAGAUACAGCGGGCACCCCUUGAACAGAUUGUCCUGAGGAUCAAGAUGCUUCCCUUAUUUAAAAAACAUGGAAUACAGGAGGUGCUCGAGAGCCUGCUAGAACCUCCCAAGGAGGAUGCCAUCCACAACGCCAUCAAAAGACUGCAAGACCUUGGUGCACUCGAUGACCUACAGGACCUUACUCCUCUAGGCUACCAUGUGGGAUCAUUGCCAGUUGAUGUUCGAAUCGGGAAGCUGAUGCUGUUUGGUGCCAUCUUCCGUUGUCUGGAUGCUGCUCUCACUAUAGCUGCAACACUCAGCUCCAAGUCACCAUUUGUUUCUCCAUUUGACAAGAGGGAUGAAGCCGACAAAAAGAAGCUGGACUUCGCUGUGGGCAAUUCUGACCACUUGACCAUGUUGAAUGCUUACAUGGGCUGGAUCGAUGCAAAGGAAAGAGGUUCACACGCCCAGUAUGUCUUCUGUCGGGAGAACUUCCUGUCCAUGAAAUCACUGCAGAUGCUGUGCAGUUUGAAGCAGCAGUUUGUGGAGCUGUUGUCCGAUAUUGGGUUUGUGAAGGAGGGGGUGACACUGAGGGACGUGGAGAGGGCAUCCCGGAUGGGAGGUAGAGAUGGAGUGUUGGAGGCCACAGGACAGGAGGCCAAUGUUAACUCUAAGAACUGGAAACUUGUGUCAGCAGUGCUAGUUGGCUCCUUGUACCCAAAUGUCGUCCAGAUCCUCGUCCCUGAGACCCGGUACAGUCAGAGCAGUGGAGGAGCUGUUGUGAAAGCCCCCAAACCAGAGGAGAUGAAGUUCAAGACCAAAAUGGAUGGCUAUGUAUCAGUUCAUCCUUCAUCUGUCAACUUCCAAGUACGUCACUACGACAGCCCAUAUCUGGUGUAUCAUGAAAAAGUGAAAACUUCAAAGGUGUAUAUCCGGGACUGCACGAUGGUGUCGGUGUAUCCGCUGUUGCUGUUUGGGGGUGGUGCCCUCUCCGUGGAGCUCAGCAAGGGUUCUUUUAUCCUAUCAGUGGAUGAUGGCUGGAUACGAUUCAUGGCUAGUUCACAUCAGGUUGCGGAGCUUGUAAAGGAGCUGAAGAAUGAACUGGACCAGCUGUUAGCUGACAAGAUCAAGAUGCCCAACAUGGACCUGUGUACCUGUCCUCGGGGCAGCACAAUAAUCUCCACCAUCGUCAAGCUGAUCACUACACAGUAACAUAGUAACAGUGACCCGUGAAGAUCUGCUUUAGAACUGGUCUUCAGCAACCCAUGCUGUAACGUGAGGGUUGACUGACUGACUGACUGAGUUU